UCCAAAAAUUAAAAAACUAGUCUUGCGCGCGCAUUACGGUUAACAGAUCCGAGUGGAUCUGUGAUCUAUUAGAAAAAAGUUUAUAAAAAAGGAUGGCCUGAGGAAAGACCUCUAGAUUGCUAGUUAUCUUCAUUUUAAAAUCUUAAAAUAUAUGUAGUUGCUGCAAUUGUGAGAUUUUAAAGCUUUGUUUUCUUCCGUUUGCAUGUUGGUUUUCGUGUUGAGCCGAGGAACGAAGGAGACAGUUUUCAGCCACUCCGAUGAAUUGGAGAUGGCUGUUCGGCAAUCAAUCAGCGAAAAACAAUAAAAUAUUGGAGUGGAGAAGAGCCACGAAGGUCAGGGAAUGUAGUGGAAGGAAGAUCCCUGGCCCAAACUCCAACCUGGUCGGUGGCGUCGGUGACUACGGUUAUGGUGUUCGUCUGUUUUCUUGUCGAACGAUCCAUCUACAGAUUUGGAAGGUGGUUGAAGAAGACUAGAAGGAAGGCUCUUCUGGCUUCUGUGGAAAAGAUCAAAGAAGAACUGAUGUUUUUUGGACUUAUAUCUUUGAUGCUGGGGCAAUGCGCAAGGUGGAUCUCUGAGAUUUGCAUCGAUUCAUCUCUUUUCAGCAGUCGAUUCUAUCUAUGUUCCGAAGAUGACUUUAUGUAUAAGAAUGAUAUCUCAAUAACAAAGUUACAUUCUGAUUCAAAUUGGACGGAUGUGACUCGGAGAGCAAUCACUAAUCCUUCCUCCUCUCAUCAGUGUGGUGAGGGUCGCGAACCAUUUCUUUCAUACGAAGGUCUAGAGCAGCUUCACCGGUUCUUGUUCGUUCUUGGGAUAACUCAUGUUUUAUAUAGUUGUGUUGCAGUUGGUUUGUCUAUGGUUAAGAUUUACAGUUGGAGGAAAUGGGAAAACCAAGCAAAACUUGUUCUUGAUGGAAAUAUGCAAGAAAGACGACCCAAGGUGAUGAGGCGACAAUCCACUUUUGUUUUCCAUCACACAUCUCAUCCAUGGAGCAGGAGUAGGAUUCUCAUUUGGAUGCUUUGCUUUCUACGCCAAUUCUGGAGAUCUAUACAGAAGUCAGAUUACAUGGCAUUGCGUUUGGGUUUCAUAACAAAUCACAGACUGCCACUUUCUUAUGAUUUUCAUAAAUACGUGGUCCGGAGCAUGGAGGAUGAAUUUUAUGGAAUUUUAGGAAUCAGCUGGAUACUUUGGAGUUAUGCCAUAUUGUGCAUCUUCAUAAAUAUCCAUGGAUUGAAUAUCUACUUCUGGCUCUCUUUUGUUCCUGUUGUACUAGUCAUGUUGGUUGGUACAAAACUUCAACAUAUUGUAUCACUGUUGGCUCUUGAAAUUGUGGAAUCAAAGGGCCCUUCUGUGGGGACUCAAGUAAAACCACGUGAUGGUCUUUUUUGGUUUGGGAAGCCAGAAAUUCUGUUGAAGUUGAUACAGUUUAUCUCCUUUCAGAAUGCAUUCGAAAUGGCAACAUUUAUUUGGUCCUUGGUAAGAUGA